AUGUGGUUGAAUUCAAUUAAUCAGGCAUUCAAUGCCGAGGCAAGUGCUUUGUCGGAAUCACUAAAAUCUCCGGCGAGUGAUAAAUAUCCCGCUCCUUCGACCCCGCAGUUAAAACAAGGAGCAAGGUUAGUGGAUGAUGGGGAUUGCCAUGAGCAGACUACUAAUUGCUCAAUAGAAAAAGAAAGUGUGGAACAUGAUGAAAACAUGAAUCCAUCAUCAAAUCCACUAGUUGACUGUGUAGAUAAAUGGGUGAACAAUAUCCAUGACAAAAUUGUGCCAGAAAGUAAUGACAAUAGCCAACCACACAUGGAAAUGAAGUUUGAAUCUGAGGCGACGGCUUAUGAAUUUUAUAAUGAAUACAGUAAAAGAAUUGGAUUUGGUAUUCGUCGAGAAUAUGCAAAUAAAAGCAAAAAAGACGGGAUUUUGACUUCGAGAAGAUUCACAUGCUUCAAAGAGGGUAUUCGAGGUGUUGACAAACGAGGUCACCCAGUAGGGGAGCAUAGAGCAGAAACUAGAACAGGAUGUAAAGCACGUAUGGUUAUUUCACUUGAUCGGAUGAUUGGGAAAUAUAAAGUUGUUGACUUUGUAGCUCAACAUAACCACCCUCUUCAACCGCCAGAGUAUGUUCAUAUGAUUCGUUCUCAUCGACACAUAUCUGAGGUACAAGCAUCACAAAUCAAAGGGAAACCUUUUCGAAAACCUGAUAUCUCGGUGACUAUUCAGGAGGUUCUUGAGAAGGCUAAAAGUGAGGGAACGAAUGGGUUUGUUGUAGAUGUUGGUGCUAAUGUUGGUAUGGCGAGUUUUGCUGCUGCUGCUAUGGGGUUCCGUGUUCUGGCGUUUGAGCCUGUUUUUGAGAAUUUGCAGAAGAUUUGUGAAGGGAUUUACUUUAAUAGAGUUGGGGAUUUGGUUACUCUGUUUGAGGCUGCAGCAUCAGAUCGUCUUGGUAACAUUACGGUUCAUAAGUUGGUUGGUAGGCUGGACAAUAGUGCGGUUUCUGCCACAGGAGCAAAGAUGGCAUUUAAGUCCAAUGAAGAAAUAGCUUUUCAAGUACGUACUGUUCCACUUGAUGAAGUGAUUCCAACAUCAGAGCGUGUGCUUCUGCUCAAAAUAGACGUUCAGGGAUGGGAAUAUCAUGUUCUCAAAGGAGCUUCCAAGCUACUCUCAAGGAAGGGAAGCCGAGCUCCUUAUCUUAUAUAUGAGGAAGAUGAGCGUUUGUUGCAGGCCAGUAAUAGCAGCGCUAAAGAAAUUCGAGAUUUCCUCCGCAGUGUGGGUUAUCAUGAUUGCACCCAACAUGGCACAGAUGCACACUGCACCAAGAAGGAUUGAUCAUAAUCAUGGUUCAGUUUUGCAGCCCCUAGAUGGGAAAUCAACUCAUUCCUAGUUUCUGUCAACACUUUCCAGUUGAUUAACAUCAUGUGUCAACAAAUUGCUUAGCAGUGAACAAUUUGAUGAAUUGAUUACAAAUGAUGAUGAAUUGAACAAUAUGAUUCUUGUGUAGAUGUCCUCGGGUUUUACUUAGGUUUUGUAUACAAGCAUUAAAUUGUCGUCAUUCAUUAAAUGCACGCCUUAUAACAUUGAAACUCGUGUAUCUGACAUAUGGAUAUAAAAGCUUCUCAUGUUUGUUUUGUGAUAAACCAAUAUGAAGUAAAAAUACAAGAGAUUAUAUGAU